AUGGAUUUGAUUUCCCUUUUAUGCUGCCAAAACUGUGGAGGGCGGUUUAAUACAGACACAAUGGUCCCUUUAUCACUAAUCUGUGGGCAUACAUGCUGCAAAGCAUGCUUGUCUUCUUCUGGGCACUUUACAUGCCCAUCUGACUCAAUUACAGAAACACGCGAAAUCAGUCAAAUCCCAGCAUCAGCUCUAGUCUUGCAGUUUCUUCAAAAUGCAAAGCCAAAUUAUACUUGUUUUACUCACAGCCGUCCUCUUGAGUUUUAUUGUGUUCCCUGUCGCAAACUUCUUUGUCCUAAAUGCAUUAUGCAGCACAGUUUACAUGAAUAUAUGGACAUUGACCAAGCUGAUACGAUAGUCAAAGAUUUAAAAAAUAAUUUCGAUUGCUACUAUUCUACAACCCUGGAUAAUUAUUCUAAAUUAACAAGAGAAAUAGAAGACGUCAAAAGAGCUCAAGAAUUAAUAGCACAAUCUUUAAAAGCAGCACAAAAGGAAUUAAAAGAAAAAUAUAAUUGUAAAAAGGAAGAGCUGGAAAAGAAAAGGAAAAUAGAGGAGCAAGAACUGGAAUAUAAAAUGCGGCCAUCAAUCAGAUAUAUACUUAUUCAUAAGAAUAGUUAAAUUUUUAGAUAAAUAUUGUCUGAUAAGAUUAUUUAAAUAUGCAGGAUGUAGAAGAGCACAAAAUAAAAUUAAAAGAAUUGCUACAAGCACAUGAGCAAGAAAAGGAAAACGCGAUAAAAACCAAAAGUGAAAUUUCAAGACAUAACAGUAACCUAGCAGUCCUUUACCAUUCAGAUAAAUUUGAUAGAAAAGCUAGCCCACUUAAGGAGCUGAACUUCGAGUGAAAUAGAAUUCAAACCAAAAUAAAUAUCAAUGUAAAAGAAGAAGAGGAGGUUUCUGAGACUGGGUUUUCUAUUGAAGAACAACGGUGGCAGCAUUAUUAUCAUAAUAAUUAA